CCGGUUCUCUUACAGAUCACAACAUGCCCUACAAGUUAAAAAUUGUACGUCGCUUUGGAUUAAAGCGUCUGCCAAAUAAAUAAACAUAAACAUUUUAAUGCUACAAUAAAGCUCCAUUAAUAUGCAGUCUGAUUGACCGGGUUGAAAAUAAAUAGGCGCAAUGAAGUUUGUCCGAGUGGAGUUGCCGUAGUGUAACGUCAUUGGCCGACACACGGUGCAGGCGCAGGGCCCUGAGCAGAUCUGGUACCUACACCGGGGAGGACUAGGAGAGAGAGGAGUUAUCAUCCAGCGGACAGCAUCAUAUGUGUCAGCCGCGGAGGGCUAGUCCUGCUCGGAGUAGCGGCACUCGACUGUCCCCUGAGACGCAGAGACGGCAGCGGGUGUCUUCUGUCCGGGACAGAAAUGUCUGAUGGUGUUUUAGUGGAAACAGACCCAGGCGCAGCCGAGAGGCGGUGAAUGCGACCGAGGUUUCGUCUUUACUCGGAAUGUUUCGUUCCUCUGGAGGAACCAACGGGCGUGUUUUGACACAAACAAUACACUCAAAGGGCUUUUCCACACCUGGACAACCUAUUUAACUCCCCCUCCACUGUGACUGAUGACAUCACCAGACUCACCACCCCUGGUCUCCCCCUCCCCAUGCCCUGCUCCCCCUCCAUCCCUCCCAUCGUCCCCUGUUCCCUCCUCCCCAGGCCCCUCCUCCUCCUCCCUACCUGCCCCUCCUUCGCUGCCCCCCACCGGGGAGGUGAUGGUUCUGGCUUUGGGGAGGAAGAAGCAGAGGGUCUUGAUUGCGCUCUCCAUCUUGCCCAACCUCUUCCUGGCCUUCCUGCUUUCCUCUGACCCCCUCAUCACCCUCUCCGCCUCCCACCACUGCCACCUGCCGGGCCCACUGCCAUCGCCAGAGGUCCUGAACUCCUCGCUGCCGUGGGAGAGGGGCGAGAGGCCCAGAGACUCCGGAGGCCUUUCCCAGUGUAAACAGUUCGCCAAUGGCAGCCAGUCGGCCGUGGUGGACUGUGAGUCUGGGUGGGAUUACAACGUCACAGAGGGGCUGAAGAACAACAUUGUAACAGAGUGGGACCUGGUGUGUGCUCAGUACUGGCUGGUCCCGGUGGAGGAGGUGUGUUUUAUCCUGGGCAUCCUGACUGGCUGUCUGGGUUUGGGCUUCGCCGCUGACAGGCUGGGAAGGUCCAAGACCCUGCUGACCUCCCUGACCCUGUCGGUGGUGUUUGGGGUGCUGGUGUGCGUCUCUCCGUACCCCUCCAUCUUUAUCAUCAUGCGCUUCUGUCUGGCUGCUGCCAGUGGGGGGGUCUAUCUUACAUUGUACAUCACACGUCUGGAGCUCUGCGAGCCGUCGCUCAGACUCACAGCGACCACGCUGGCCGGACUGGUGACGGUGGCUGGAGAGCUGCUGCUGCUGGCGGUGGCUCUCGGCUGCCAGUCCUGGAGGGGCCUGCUGGGGGCCGGAGCGGCUCCUCUGACGCUGUUCCUCAGCUACGGCAUUCCUGGUGUGUUUCCAGAGUCUCCUCGCUGGCUCCUCCUGUCGGAGCGAUCGGUAGACAUGAACGCGUUCAGCGAGAGGAGAAACUCCAACAGAGAUGUAAGGGACGACGAGAGCUUCACAGAGCUGGAUUCUGAACCCCUGCCCUCCUCACGUCCCUACCUGUCCUUCCCUGAGCUCGUCCACAGCAGGAACAUCUGGAAGAACAUGUGUGUGCUUGGCUUCACCUCGUUCAUCUCUCACGGCAUUAGUCAUUGUUACAGCUCUUUCCGAGGUGAUGUCAGAGGCACCGCCCCCAGUUUCUACUGGACAUACCUGCUGUCUGUGUGUGCGGGGGGCGGAGCCUGGCUGCUGCUUUGGGCAACCGUAAAUAGAUGCGGUCGCCGUGGAAUCCUGCUGUUGUCCAUGACGAUGACGGGCCUGGCCUCUCUGAUCCUCCUAGGACUCAUGGAGUAUCUCAGUGAGACGGCUAUCACGGUCUUCUCAGUGCUCGGCCUCUUCUCGUCUCAAGCCACUGCAUCCCUCUGCAUCCUGUUUACUGCAGAGAUCAUGCCCACCAUCAUCAGGGGGAGCAGUGUCGGUGUCGUGCUUGCUCUGGGCUGCGUGGGCCGCCUCAGCUCCCCGAUCAUGGACCUGCGGAACCACUACGGCUACUUCCUGCACCACGUCAUCUACUCCUCCUUGGCCCUGCUGGCCGUGCUUUCCAUUCUGCUGCUGCCCGAGAGCAAGAGGAAGCCGCUGCCACAGACGCUGGCUGAUGGGGAGCAGUACAGACGCCCCCCGCUGGGCAGGAGGAGGAGGGACAAUGUCCCACUGCUGGCCACGCCCAACCCAGAAACCUAAAAGCCAGAAACGAUGGGGAGAACUGUUCACUUUUGAGCGGGAAGAUUUUCAUCAUGCUCAUGCAGUGAAGAACGACUCAUUUUAGUUUGGAGAUUUUAAAAAGAGGAAGCUGGAGACAAAAGGGCUGAAACAGAUAAAAGUCAUCACUUUCCUCACACGUCAUCCAGUCCAGCUGCCUCCACAUCUGGUUCCUGCCUCCUAGAUCCUAUCAAGGUGCUUUUGAACACAAACAUCCAACAAACUCUUCAUCAUCCUACCGUCUGUGUGGAUGCGCACUUCCAGUUACACCAGCACACCUUCCCCCAUUAACACUGUGUGUGUGUGUGUGUGUGUGUGUGUGUGUGUGUGUGUGUGUGUGUGUGUGUGUGUGUGUGUGUGUGUGUGUGUGUGUGUGUGUGUGUGUGUGUGUGUGUGUGUGAGAGUAAGAGACUAUUUUCUUUAACCUUCUGUCUUAACCUGCAUUUCUCUGGCCCGUUUGUGAUGAUGUCACUAUAAAAGAAAACCUAACCUGGACGUUUGUCAGAAACUCUCCAGAGAGGCACGCCACGCCGAUCGGAGCACUGUUGGAGCGUUUGAGCGUAUUGUGGAGGUGAAACGCCGUGUAAAUACUAACUUUAGUUUCUUAACUCGUACAGCUUCUGACUCAUUUAAAGCAGACCCUGUGGCUGGAACCUUACAGUAUGCUAUGCAGUGGGCAGGGUAGUGUCGAGCACUUUAAAAAUCUUUGUUUGUUUUUAAAGAUACAUCUUUUUUGUCCAAAGUCUUUAAGUGGUAGCUAAUGCAGAUCAAUCCACAUUUAAAGCUAAAAGUUGUUCAAACUGGUUAAAUCUGGUCUGGAGCCAGAGAUAUUUAUAUUUUAUUUAAAUUCUUAUUAAGCUUCAUCAGUACUUAUCCUGCUGCCUGGCAUUUUAAAUGAAGACAGACUUUAUAUAUUCUGAUGUCACCAGUUAAACAACAGUCUGAACAUUCCUAUCCGCAUUUUUGGAGGCGCUGAAGGGCUUGAUCCUUAUUAUUAUUAUUAUUAUUAUUAUUGUGUAUUCCUAGGCUUAGGUACUUCCUUGAUACCUCUCUAGGGAUAGGGUGAGCGGGUAAGGAACGUGUUUUUGUCUGGAUUUAACUUGAAGGAUUUUGUCUGUUUUUCUGUUGAAUGUUUUUUUUUUCCAAAUAUGUUUAUUAUGAUUUUCAGAUUAAAACAGAACAAGAUACAUCAACCCCAUUCCCCCCCCCAACACCUACCCACCCCAAAAAUCCCCUCCCUCCCACCCCCCCACUUCACUCCGCUUCUUUGAAGUCAAAGGCGUCUAGAAGAUGCAAAAAGGGCAGCCAGAUGUCCUUGAAGUCCUCGAGUUUUCCUCUGGCCAUAUACGUUAGUUUCUCAAGCGCCAGAUUACUGGACAUAGAAUUGAUCCAUUGUUUCACUCCUGGCCUUUCUGUUGCCUUCCAUUUCAAGGCAAUAACGUAUUUAGCUUGUAACAAGGAGAAUUCAAUCAAUUUCUUAUUCUUUUUGUUACAUACAAAGCUGUCUGGAUAGAUGUGCAGUAUACAUUUUCUGUUGAAUGUUAAAUAAUGUUGCUGGAAGGGCCCGAUGAGUUUGCUCCAGAGCUGAAGAGGGCCCCUGAACUCUAAAUUGACCCCUUUAUUCUUCUCAUCCACACACAGUUGCCUCGUGUGCAAAGGCUUGUGUGGGUGUCCUACUAAAUCAGCUCAAUUCAAGAACACUACUAACGCCAGACACCACCCCUUAAUGCUGAGAAUCACUGAGAAAUGUUUAAUACUUAACUUUUUGAAACAUGAUCAGUCACUCUUAAGUUUUUCAUGCAGGCUGAACAUGAAAAUAGUCUCCUACACCUAGCUCCUGCAUUGGCUUCUGAUAGAAAAUAGACGGUGAAACUCUACUAUUAUUAGAAUAUCCUCACAGAUCUACGUCACACUGAAAAUGAACUUCCUUGGACCCAUCUUGACUCAUGACAGGGAAGGCCGUGGUUGGUUUAGCGUCCAGGAGAGAGCAGAGCACAUCCUGGCUAGUGGAAGCUAACCGUUAGCAUUAGCAGCUCUAAGACACAGCAGAACUCCUUCAGGCUUGUGUUAUUUGUAGAGAUAAAACAUUUUCAGUCAAGAAAUAAGAGCCAAUGAAGGCAGCGGAAGAGUCACGUUGCUUUUAACCAAUCAGAGGCAAAAUGUUUUCAUAUCAUGAUUUUUGAGUAAGACUCAGAAUCCUGCCUUCUACUUCCUGAAACAGGAGUGCAAGAGUCUUUUCCUCAGAAAACAACCAAAAAGGCAUUCAUGAACAAAUGAACCAAUAUCCACCAGCUAUGACGCAGCGCUCUUUCCAAGUUCAACAGCUCCCUUUGUACACGAGGCCCCGGUUCUAGAUGUAUACUCCACUUUUCUUUGGUUGGAAAACCGUAGAAGGGAGCAUGAGGGUUUAAUUUAGAGUCUAGUUUUAAAGGGAACUUAGCUGGUACCCACCAUGAACGUUUUAUUUCCUCUAUCUGUUUCACUGACGUCUCAACACUUAAACUGAUUAUUGCUGACUAACCUGGUUGAGGAUUAUGUCUGACAACACUCGUCUGGUCCUACAAUGAGCAGUCAUCUCUAAAACCUGUUUUCAUGUCAAAUAAACUGGUCACUUAAAAUGAA